ACGCACUCUGGGAAUCCGUCGCAACCGUCCCUACAACGUCGCUCGCUGUCGCUAUUGUCGGGCCCCAUACAUACCCCCUCCUGUCCAUAACUGAGCCCUGAGCAUACAGUACAGCACCAGCCCCAUACCUACGUCACUAUCAGGGCCUCGCUUUCUAGACGAGAUACGGACGUGCUAGAAGCAACGAGGAGAAGCCUAUUUUCGCUGCCGUCGAUAUCAAUCCGCCAACAACAGAUACAAACAACAUCCUCCCAUAUUCAAUCCCUCAACAAACAUGAGCGACAGAACACCCAGCCCCACCCAAACAAACGGCACUCCACCAGCAUCGCCCGGAAACGAGAAAAUUCGGCAACUAGUCUACGUCAGCCAAGCCAGCCACGGCCUCACAAGCGCCGACAUGGCCGACAUCCUCGUCGAAGCGCGCACCCGCAACGAGGUCUGCAACAUCAGCGGCAUGCUCCUCAUGAACAACGGCCAAUUCAUGCAAUGCGUCGAAGGACCCAGCGGCGCUGUCGAGGAGCUCAUCGACGGAAUCGGGCGCGAUGAACGGCACUGCUUCAUGUCAAUCUUACUUGACCACUUUAUCGAAACCAGGGAUUUCGACUGCUGGUUGAUGGGGUUUAAGGAUCUGUCGAGCAACAAGCAUUUCGCGAAUAACGACGACGUGAUGGAUUCGGCGUUUUUGAGUGAGAUGUCGCAUCCAAGCAGGGCUGUCGCGCUGCUGUCCUCUUUUGCGAAACUGUGAUCUGGUGAAGGGCUUUUCGAUCCCCCAACCCCAUAGAUGGAUGAGAUUGGGAUAGCGUUAUUUCUCCCGGUCAUCGGUCCCUACCUUUUUUUGUAUCAUCAUCAGUAUGCCGAAUAUUCGUGGAUUCUCCACGAAUCUUUCCUUGUUCGUGGCAGGACAACGAACAUCAUACCUCAUAUCCCUCUGACGAGGACACAAGCCUCAGUCGUCUUUUGUGCUCUCUUUCAUAGUCAUCAAAACAAUGUCAGGCGUUCUGUUACGCUUGGGAUACUUGCUCCUUGUUGCUCAAUACUCAUUCUCGAUUGCAUUGACUUUUCUGUGGAUGCAAUCGUAACGAGGUAGCCGUCCUUCCAGGCGAAUCCUGCAGGCCACCUGCGACAAACCACUCUCCCUGCCAUAAGGGAGGCGCAGCAGCACGUUGCCCACUCCACAGAAUCGGCUCAACAAGACGGUUGAGAUGUUCGCCGCCUUCG